AUGACGAAGCCUAAAUAUUUCAUUGGCGCAAUGGGCAAUUUGUACGACGCUUCCGGGAGGCGGCUAUUUCUGCCUACGAAAGUCGAAGAUGCAAACGCACAAGCUAGUUCGACGGCACGAAGAAAUGGUCAAAAUAGGGGUGCUCCCAUCCUUCGCCUCCGGCCUGAUGAUGUCGGAAAGGGCACGGAGCAAGAGACCCAAAUCGGCUCACUAGAGCAAUCCCGAGGCGAGAUUACCGACACGGCCCCUGAAGUUCCAGAUACGCCCGACAGUGUAACUGGUGACACUCCAUCUAUACAUCAACCGAUGACUUUUCCAGACGGCCCGUGGAUUCGUCAUCCAGAUGAGAUCAAUGAAGACAGGAUCUCCGGAAGCGAGGGCAUGCGGGACGAUAUCACCAUCGAGGAGAACCGAAGACGCCAUAAGGAGCGCCUCAAUAAACUCUUGAGUCAGCCGAUAGCAGCUAGAAGAAAGAGCUUCCGGAGAAUAUUGUGGAACAUGAACCUUCCCCAAGCCGUCGAUAUGACCAACACGGAUGGAGUUGAUGAAGAGCUCGUGGAUCUGAUGGUUGAACGAUGGUAUGCCAAUGCGCCAAUCUAUCUGCAGCCUGGAAUGGCCGUCCCUCCUGGUAUGCGGGACCGUUAUCACCACGACUGGUCUUGGAAUGCCCGGGGUGUCUACUACCGCCAUUAUUAUUUGCCAGAGUGGGUUACGGGAGAUCAUAGCUUAUGGGUUCCGACGCUCAACCGCGUCGACUGGGACGAUCGAUCGGAAGAGCCCCGACGGAUGCGAGCCAAAACGUUCCUGAGGCAUGCUCUGGAUAACGGACAAUGGCGAAAGAGUGAAUAUGCAUGGGAGGCUGAUGCAUGGAAUGACGUGUUUGGUCGAAUGAGGAAUGAUCCUGCCAUUUCUGCUGAUAAGCAUGAGUACUACACGGUGAGGAGUGCUGCCCAUCCCGUCUCCUGCCUCAGCAUGGACCAAUCCAAAUUCAUCACACGCAUUCCCGAUGCAACCUUUGGGCUCGCUACCUUCCAGCCUAAGCAAUACCAGAACGCUAUCGCUUCGUACGACCUCGAUGCCAAACGUCUGCAGGCUCUCGCCCUUCAUCGUAACUGUGGCCUCCUGUCUGAUCCUCGAUGGGGUGAUAGUAGCCUCGUAUUCCCCUUUGCCAUCUACGAGGCUAAGGGCUGGGGCGGCGAUCCUCGCGAGGCGCGGCGCCAAGCUUGCUCGGCAGCCGUUGCCUACCUGGACCUUCUCGACGCAUUAGUUCGGCAUCCUGGGACGGAAGGCAAAAGAGAUGGGGCCUAUCAGACCACCGAGAGUCGCAGCUCUCAAGUUUUCGCAUUGACAUCGUUUGGGGCACAUUGGCAUGUCCUGGUGGGAUACCGGCGACCCCGUCUGGUCCGCGAAUACGCCAAACGAGCAGGCAUGAGCCAAAACGUAUAUAGAAUCUGGAGCGGUCGCAUCUCAACUGAAAGGAAAGCCUGGGAACUUUUGUCCAUCGUCGACCAAAUUCACGAAUGGGGAGUCACGGUGCACCGCGACUUCGUGAUCCGCCACCUCAAGCCCUGGCACGAGUUCUGUAAGAGGAGCUAUGUGAACGACGUAGAGGCCAUGCAUUCCGUGCUAGAUCAAAGCGUCCCAUGGGAUGGUCGUGUGCUCCAAGUGGGACUUCCUGCCUGGACACAGCACUUGACUACCGAUGCCCAAUCUAAGCUGCAACAGACUGCCGACGAGCUAUUUAGGGAAGCCUACCGCAAAUACCGCCCCGAAACACGUCAGAAAGGCGAUUCUUUCUCGCCAUUCUUUUCUUGCGUUCUGGGGAACUGCGGUCCGUUCCCAGGAUAUCCCAUGAGCUCCCCUGAGGAAACGGUACGGCAUUAUCGCAUAUGCCACGAGGUUGAGUUUGACACAAGGUUUACUCGUCAACUUUACGAUUCUUUCGACGAAGAGGGUGAGAGGACAGAUGGAGAACGGAGAGAAGAGAAGGCGGCAGACGAAGAAGGAAGAGAAGAAACGAAGGAUUGCCCGACAGCAGCGGGUUUAAGCUGUGAUCCCACGGGACAGAAGAAAAGGGUGCAUACAGAGGACGAUAAUAGUGAAGCUCCUGGGCCGAGUACACACAAGAAAGCUCGGCUGUAA